GUUCAAAGAGCAAAGGUUACAGCUUCGGUUCUACAAUAUCUGAACGUGCUUGUGUGUUUGUUUUUUUAAAAACUAUUUUGUUUUAAUUUUGUGCAAUGGACGCUCAGCCAGAAGUGACAAAACAUUCUGUUCAUACGCUUGUGUUUCGUUCAUUGAAGAGGUCGCAUGAUAUGUUCAUUGCAGAUAACAUUCAACCACCAGAUUUAAAUGAAGCCAGUGAACUUGCCAAGUUGAGUUGCAAAGCAAAGGAUGAGUAUGGUCUGGUGAAACAGUUGAUGGCAAGCAAAGACAGCUCACUUGAGCCUGUAAGGCGGGAGACGCAAUCUAUCAAUAAAAUGUUACAUGAAAAUCCAGCUGAUUCAGAUUUAGAGACACAAAUAACAACUGGACACCCAUUUCCAAAUGAACCUGGUGUACGUUUAAGUGCAGACACAGCUGCCCAGCACAGAGAGUUAAGCACAGAUGGAGUGAAUUCAGUCCUACGGUCACUACCACCUUCACAAUCACAGUUAGAUAGGCAGAGAACUGCAGUGAGUGUCGAUGAUAUCCAGAGAAGAGCUGGAAUACCUCAACGCACAGGUCCUUCAAAGGCACUUGUUGCUGUUUCUGGAACAAAGAAUUCUCAAGCGCUGGUUCCCAGGAAAGCACCAACGAUGCCAAAGCCCAAGUGGCAUCCGCCAUGGAAACUAUACAGAGUGAUCAGCGGCCAUCUUGGAUGGGUGCGCUCCAUCGCCAUUGAACCGGGCAACACUUGGUUUGCUACAGGAGCUGGGGACAGGCUGAUCAAAAUAUGGGAUUUGGCAUCAGGCAAGUUGAAGCUGUCACUCACUGGCCACGUGAGUGCAGUGCGAGGAUUAGCUGUCAGUGAACGUCAGCCUUAUUUAUUCUCUUGUGGUGAAGACAAAAUGGUGAAGUGCUGGGAUCUGGAACAGAAUAAGGUUAUACGUCAUUAUCACGGUCACUUGAGUGCCUGCUAUGCCAUGGAUCUUCAUCCUACCAUAGACAUACUGUGUACGUGCGGUCGUGAUGCUACCAUCAGAGUAUGGGACAUGCGUACAAAGGCAUGCAUCCACACACUUACAGGUCAUACCAAUACAGUGGCUGAUGUCAAAUGUCAAGGGGCAGAGCCUCAGGUUGUAAGCGGAAGUCAUGAUGCUACGAUACGGUUAUGGGACUUGGCAGCUGGUAAGUCUAGGGCUACUCUCACCAACCAUAAGAAGAGUGUCAGGGCCCUUGCUCUUCACCCUAAGCUAUAUAUGAUGGCUUCAGCUUCUCCUGACAAUAUCAAACAGUGGAAGUUUCCAGAAGGCAACUUCAUGCAGAAUUUAAAUGGACAUAAUGCUAUCAUCAACUGCCUAGCAGUCAAUCCUGACGGGGUCAUGGUUUCUGGCGGUGACAACGGAUCUAUGUUUUUCUGGGACUGGAGGACAGGAUACAAUUUCCAACGUAUGCAGGCUGUAGCCCAACCAGGCUCCCUGGACAGCGAAUCAGGAAUAUUUGCAUGUUCUUUUGACAAGAGUGGCAGCAGGUUGAUCACAGCGGAAGCUGACAAGACAAUCAAGAUUUACAAAGAAGAUGACACUGCUACUGAAGAAUCUAAUCCAAUUAACUGGAAGCCUGAAAUCAUACGAAAAAAGAAAUACUAGAGAAACACCAGCUGUAUCCUUCUAGUUUACAUCAAGAUGUUUUGCUGACAAUGGUAACAGUGUUGGAGAAGAACUUCAAUUCAAUUAAAAAUGAAAAUAAUAUCUUGAGUCAUUCACAUCAGAAAUGGACAAACAUCAGUUUCCUUUUUUUUAUUGUACGUUCCUUACAAUGGUUUCAACUGGUUGGAAGAUAAGACACCUUUUCAUCAGUUGUUUACAUUUUAGAACAAAGAAUAAGAUUGGGCUAACCAUAUUGAUAGCAUGGGCUUGCAAAGGGAUCCCAAGUUAGAAGAAAUCAUUUCAGGGAAAUCUGUUUUUUCAAAACUUUGACAUAUGUAAUUUAUAUUUAUGGUGACACCAAUUGACACUGACUUCUGUGAGAACAGUGAUUAUAAAGUGGUAAUACAGUAGUAAAAACAUGCAGAUUUUGAGAAUUUGUGCAGUUAUUUUCUGGAAGAUUUUUGUCCAGUUUGGGAGGCCAUCUCAAAUUCUAGGAGACUCGCAAGACUUGAAGUAGACUUGGGACCCCUUUACUUGUAACUCAUUAACAUGAAAAAUUAGUUACUGAUUUAAUCUGAUAGAUCAGAUUGUGUAUGGAUGCGUGCAGGUGUGGAUCCACUAGCGGGCCACAGGGGGUACGCGCAACAGUUGUGCCACUAAAUUUUAAUGCAUAUCAGUGUUAUAUUUUUUAAAUACACUACUCAAUUUUCAAUUCUGAAAAUGUUGUAGCACCCCCCCCCCUUGAAAAAGUCAUGAGGAUCCGCUCCGGCGUGUGUGUUGCGCAUGUUGAACUAAAAUGGUUGUUGGGGAGGCUAAAGUUAAGGAUUGUGGUCCAGGCCCUUCCACCCUUUGAUAUACCGCUACUUACUUCCCUGAGGGCAGAUUCUGUAGUAUGUAGCAAUAGUUUGUGAUUUAACAGGGUAAGUGUAGGGUGUAACUAUUUCAAUAAAGGUUUCCAAGAAUUAUUAUGUCU